AAUGUUGACAGGAAACUGUUUUUUGAGUCAUAGAUUAGAAUGUUGCUGGUUAAAAGCUUGAUAUGGAAUUAAGAGCUCAUGAGUUUCAAAGGUGUAAAUGAUGACUUGACCAGUUUGUUACUCGUGUUGAAAUGGGACACCUUGAUAUUCCAUAUUGGAAGCUUUAUCUGUAUCCAGUCAGAUGAUAUAUUGCUGUUACUGUGAGAUUAAUCGAACUAUAUAACAAAUAAACAUGAGUGAGUUUAAAGUCCACCACCAUGUCAGCGAGCUGUUGAACCUUCUUGGAAUGCGAUCAGCUGACCCGGUGGGAGCUGAGGUAUACACAGAAAUGCUAUUGAAUAAUAUGAAACCCUACAUAACAACACAGGUGUCUGCCCAUCAAGCAAAAAGGAAGAUAGCUGGCUCUACACAAACACCCAUUGAAUUUCUUGCCAAGUAUGAUGACCUUAAGGCCAAAAAUGUGCGAGACCUGGAUCCCUUAGUGUUCCUGUUGUCUAAGUUAACUGAGGAAGAACAGACAAAGGAGUUCAUAGAAAAGCAUGCCAAGGACAAGGCAGAAGUGGCAGGGAUGACACUUGUUCCUCACGACAGAGUCACAUCACAGUUACCUGCCCCUGGUACUAAAUUGUCUGUACAGGAACUAUCUGAAAUUCGGGACAAGCUACUGAAAGAGGCAAAAUCUGCUCCUACAACAACAUCAUCGGAGAUCCUUACAAAAGCUCUCCGUGAAAAACAACUAAAACGCAAUGUAAAUAUUCCUCACCAACCUGACUGGCUGUUUCAGCGACCAUCGCUGACCUUAGACUUCAUUGUAGGUGUGGAUGAACCAACUGAUCAGAACAUUGUACCGUUGGGAAGUCUUCCUUUGGCGCUACAGGAAAACUCCAUCAUAGAAGACAUCCUGUGUUGCAUGCAGGGUAUUGAGGGAAAGUACAUCCUUGCCAGAGCUCUAACAGAGAGAUACGCACCAAAGGAGUUCAUGAUUGACCAGAGUCUGGAUCCUUCCCUUCAGGAGCUGGUGCGACGUCAACUACCUCUGUGUUCUAACUAUUCCACAGUAGUCCGCUUUAUAGAAGAGAAAUCAGCAUUUGAGUACGGACUUGUGAACCAAGCCUUGAGUGCAGCCAUGCGUACCCUGAUUAAGGAUUACAUGAUACUGGUGGCACAACUGGAGCAUCAGAGUAGACUGGGAAACCUUACCCUACAGAAAGUGUGGUUUUACAUUCAACCUACAAUGAGGACGUUGGAAAUCUUAGCAGGUGUUGCCAACUCAGUCAACAGGGGAGAGUGUAUUGGAGGUGUAGUUCUGAGUCUCCUUCAUGAGAAAACCUCAGGCUUGAUAGGGGACUCCAAAGGACAAGAGCUGUGUCUAUAUCUUACCCAGUCAGCCUGUGUUCCAUACUUUGAAAUCUUGGAGAAAUGGAUCUACAAAGGAAUCAUAUCCGACCCUUACUCUGAGUUCCUGGUAGAGGAGAAUGAGACAAUACAGAAAGAGAAGCUUCAGGAAGACUAUAAUGAUGCAUACUGGGAACAACAUUACACUAUCUGUAGGGAACGCAUUCCUGUCUUCCUAGAACAAGUCGCUGACAAGAUCCUUAACACCGGCAAAUAUCUGAAUGUGAUUCGUCUCUGUGGACGGGAUAUUAAGUGUCCUAGUGCUGAGGAGAUUGUGUACACCCUGAAAGAUCGACGGUACACUGAGCAGAUCGAGGGAGCUUACAACUAUGCCAGCAAGGUGCUCCUGGAGCUGCUAAUGGAGGAGAAACAGCUAAUGGCUCGAAUCAGAUCUAUGAAGCACUACUUCCUACUGGACAAGGGAGACUUCAUUGUUCAGUUUAUGGAUAUGACAGAGGAAGAGAUGAAACAAGACAUAGAUAAAAUCAUGCCAACACGUCUAGAGACUUUACUGGAGCUUGCUCUUCGGACCAGCACUGCUAAUGUUGACCCCUUCAAGGAUGACCUCAGAGUAGAAUUACUUCCGUUUGACCUGAUUACACAGCUCUUCAAGAUCCUAACUAUUGACACAAAGCUGGAGAAAGAUUACAGAGUUGACCCAACAGACUUACACCUGUCUGGACUAGAGUCUUUCUCCUUUGACUAUGUUGUUAAGUGGCCAGUAUCUUUGGUCGUCAAUAGAAAGGCACUCACCCGGUACCAGAUGUUGUUCCGUCAUCUGUUUUACUGCAAGCAUGUAGAAAGACAAUUGUGCAGAAUACAACAGAUUACCAAACUUGUUUGGAUUGGGAACAAAGCUGCCAAGAUGUACUCUCUCCACUCAGCUCGAUGGUACUCGGCAGCUUUCGCAUUACGACAACGCAUGCUGAACUUUGUACAGAACUUUGAAUAUUACAUGAUGUUUGAGGUUGUGGAACACAACUGGCACAUUUUCCAAACCAACAUGGAAUCAGUUUCUAAUGUGGAUGAUGUGCUGAACUACCACACAGACUUCCUCAACAACUGUCUGAAGGACUGUAUGCUCACCAACCCAGACCUCCUGAAGAUUGUCCACAAACUCAUGAUGGUGUGCGUUACCUUCUCCAACUUUAUACAGCGACUAAGUCAGAGUGCAACCCUAGAAAUGGAGGAGGCUCCGUCUCGUGAGAGUUCACUACAGGGUCUUCAGGCCAGGAACAGGAAGGACACUUCUAACAAACAGAAGGCCAGCACAAAGGUGGUAUCGGAGCAUGUUGACCUGAUGGGAGCCAGUGAAAACUUUGAGAGAACCAUCAGUAAUUUUGAUUCCAACUUCUCACGACUUCUGUUGGAGCUUCUGGAGAAAAUAAUGGAUUUCAGUUGUAUCAGUGGCGAGUUCAAACUCUUCAACAUCUUAUACAGACUUGACUUUAAUGGAUUUUACACAGAGAAGUUAGAAGCCAUGUCGGCAGAAAAGGCUAUGCUGGAAUCAUCUACCCACAGUUCUGAGUCAGGUUCAGGAUCAUGGCCGACCACAUUCACGUCCCAACGCCCUGACUCUGCUCGCUAUGUCCCAGGGAUGCACCGACCAGGUGCAGUGAAUGGUUCAUCAUGACCGGUCCGGUAUGACCACCACAAACAUCCGAGCUUUCUCUCAACAACACAGCAUCCCCUUAAUACCAUAGCAAUAUGAGGAUCUUUAUUUCUUAGGUAUUGGAACAGUGGGGGAAAUAAUUGCUUUUGUUGAAACUCUACCAGCCAGGGAUGGCUUGUCUGUGUGGUAUUGAGACUUUAUGAGUCAGGUUCUGUUUACCUGUGUGGUGUUGUGAUACCAAGUCAGCCACUGUUUACCUCAGUGAAGCAAUUUGACUCUACAAGCGUAGUGCUAUUAACUUCACUGUGUCUCUACAAGCCAGGUGCUGUUAACCCUAAUGUGACAUGUGUGAUAGCGGCAUUGUGAUACUGGCAGGGGUUACUGAAUAGCAUGGUAACAAGAUGUGUGACUUGAUGCUUGGAUCACAGAGAUAUACGACGUAUCGUUUAGAUUUGUGGUUAGGGUUGUCGUAAUUAUCCAGAAAAAUAUCUUCAGGCUUAGCUUUGUGUAUUCUAAUAAGCAUGUAAUGGUGUCAAAUAGCUCUGAUGAUGAAUAAAUUAUUGAAGCUA